UUAAAAUAAAAGUAUAUAUAAAAUGAAAAAAAAACUUGUGAUUUAUGUUGAACUUCGAGCCCAUCUUCAAUCUUCUUUGUCAUUUCCAUACGCAUGGAAACCGAGCCGCUUCUUCCCCUAAAAAUCGGAUCUCAGUCGCCGUCUCUGCCCAGCCACCGGCAGAGGGCCUCCGUCACUUCCCCCGUUCCGCCGUCCUCUGUCCUAUGCCCCCUCCCCGAGGACGGAGAGAUCUCCAUCCCCCUCUCCAGCCCCAGCACCGCCACCGCCGCCUCCUCCCUCAAGGACCUCCUUAUCUUCGGUCAGUUCCCACCUUCUACCGACGGCGAACCAGACGAAUUCGCCCCUCUUCCCUCGUCUUCCUCUCCUCUUCCCGCCUCUCCCCUCUCCGGCAAUCCCAACUCCUCUUCCUCCUUCUCCGCCGCCGCCGUCGCCCAUGCUUGGCUCAGCGACCCCUCCGCCUCUAGGGGGAGGAACAGCCUCCACCGAUCCCGCACCGCCCCGGCCAUCUCCGCGAUCAAUGAAGUCGGAGGCUCCCAUAUCGACACCCCUGAAUCUGAUCGCCCCUCCAUCGUCACCCAGGCUUUCCUCCUUCUCGUCGUCUACCUCAUUUUUGGGAUCUCAAUCUACACCUUCAAUCGCCACCACUUCGUCGCCAAAGAGACCCAUCCCGUUGUCGACGCCCUCUACUUCUGCAUCGUAACUAUGUGCACCAUCGGCUACGGCGACAUCACCCCGGUUACUGCCUCCGCCAAGAUCUUUUCCAUCAUGUUCGUCAUCAUUGGCUUCGGUUUCGUCGAUAUCCUUCUCUCCGGGAUGGUGUCUUACGUGCUCGAUAUCCAGGAGUCCCUCCUCCUCUCUGCCGUCAAUAACCCGAUGAAGAUCGACGACAAGAAGAAACAUAAUCAGCAAAAGAAUCACGACCAACACCAGCACCAGCACGAGCACGGACACAACAUCACCCGGAAUUAUAUAAUCGACGUCAAGAAGGGGCGGAUGAGGAUACGGAUGAAGGUAGCACUUGCACUCUGCGUCGUCCUGCUCUGCAUCGGCGUCGGCACCGGCGUGCUGCGCUUCGUGGAGCAGCUUGGAUGGCUCGAUUCCUUUUACCUCUCUGUGAUGUCUGUGACCACCGUUGGGUACGGGGACCGAGCAUUCACAACGCUGCCGGGCAGGUUAUUUGCGUCGCUGUGGCUCCUAGUGUCCACUCUCGCCGUCGCUCGUGCAUUUCUUUACUUGGCUGAGGCAAGGAUCGACAAGCGGCACCGGAGGAUGGCAAAACUGGUGCUCUGUAGAGACAUGACUGUCGCAGAAUUUCUCGCGGCUGAUAUGGACAAUAAAGGGCUUGUCACUAAAUCAGAAUAUGUGAUAUACAAACUCAAGGAAAUGGGAAAGAUCUCUGAGAAGGACAUCAUGCUGAUCUGCAAUCAAUUUGACAAGCUAGACGCCGGGAACUGUGGAAAGAUCACUCUCUCAGAUCUUACCGGGAAUCAUCACUGACAACUCCUAAGAAAAAAGUAACAUUACAAGGAUGCAUGCUUGUGGUUCCUGCGUUUCUCUUAUUUAUACUUGGGUACCAUCUGCAAUAGGAACAAAGAUGCAGCCUAUACAUGUCAAAGAAAAAGUCCCAUAAAAAAUUGUACAGGUUGUACAAAGGGACAUCCUCAGGCUCGAUCGCUUGUGCCUGGGAACUUGUACGUAGGUAAGCAGUAGAGUUGUAUGUCAUAAUACAUGUAGAUUAUGUAGCUUGCUCGAUGAAUGUUUAUGUCGACAUUGAUAUGCUUCUUCCCAGGAAUAUACCGCUUAAUUGAUUCACA